AGCAUCUACAGAAAUGGAGAGAAUCACAUGUAUGUCUCUUCUGCUCACAGCUGUGGUCAGUUCUUCUGCACGAGCUCCGCGUCAGUAUCACUUUGUGAAUCAGAAGAAGAGCUGGACUGAAGCUCAGAGUUACUGCAGAGAGAAAUACACAGAUCUGGUCACUAUCAGUGACAUACAAGAACAGAAUGACAUUGAACAGGCCAUAAAGAGUAGCUCUGACCGUGUCUGGAUUGGACUGAAGAACACAAGAGUUGGUUUCUGGAGUGACCCUGCCUUCUACACAGAACAGUACAGGAACUGGGGACCAUCACAACCAGGAGGAGAUGGAGACUGUGUUUACAUGAACUGUGGGAAUGGACAGAAUUGUGUGAAUAAUCAUAAAGGACAGUGGCAUGAUGUAGACUGUAGUAAAAUAAUGCCUUUCAUCUGCUAUAAUGCCAGUAAAGGAUUCAUCCCUGGACAAGGAGAAAAGAGCUGGACUGAAGCUCAGAAAUACUGCAGAGAGAGACACACAGAUCUGGCCAGCGUGAGGAAUCAGACUGAGAAUGAAGAGAUUCAGAAGAUCAUAGACCAAAACAUACCUUCACAUAAUCAAGAUAAUCAAGUCUGGAUCGGUCUGCACAGACUCUGGGUUUGGUCAGAUAACAGCACCUCCACAUUCACACACUGGAAACAUAGUUCUGAUAACACACGUAAGAACUGCACAUUGAUUGUUAUCAGUGAUGAAGGACGAUGGAAAGACGAGGAGUGUUCAGAAAAGCAUCCCUUUGUGUGUUAUGAUGAUAAUCUGGUUCUGGUCCGAGAGAAAAAGACGUGGACUGAAGCUCUGAGACGCUGCAGAAACAUGGACAUGGACCUGGUGUCGGUGGAUUCGGAGCAGAUGCAGCAGCGGGUGAUGAAUGUGACCUCGAGCGCUCUCUCUGAUCACGUGUGGCUGGGUCUGCGUCACUCCUGCACAGUGGGGAUCUGGUUCUGGGUCAAAGGUCAGACCGUGUGCUACGAUCAGUGGGCUUCUGAUUAUGACAUCGGACUGGACGAAUGUGAUCAGACGGUGAGAUCCGGAGCCAUUCGGACCCGUGAUAAUCACUGGAUCAGCCUUCCUGAAACUGAAGAAAUCAACUUCAUCUGCACCAAGUACAUGUGAUCCAGAUUACACAAUCAGAUUACUAACAUGAAGCACUUGUGAUGAGAUUAUAUAAUAUUUAAAAUGCCCAUAAUCAGAUACCUGUUAAUUAUUGAUUUUAUUGAUUACAUAUUCAGACAAUGGCAGUACAUUAUUAAUGUGAUCAUAAAAAAAGUACUUAGAAUACAUUACUAAUAAUCUGCAAUCUCAUAGAUUGUUACUAAAUAAAGUUUUCGUCAUGUAUUUAGGAAUCCUUAAUGGACUAAAAUGAGUCGAAAAAAACAGAUUCAGUCAAGCCAUUUGGACUCAAAUGAUUCAGUUCAAUUGACUGAGCAAAGUGACAUUCAGCCAAGUACAAACUCAGUGCACAACACAACUGCAUUUAACCCAUCCAAAGAACACACACAAACCAUGAACACACACCUGGGGAGCAGUUGGGGGCUCAGUGCACUUCCCUUCAAUGGAAUUCAAUUAAAUUCCACUUUAUUUGCUUUUUCACAAUAAAUAUUAUUUCAAAGCAGAAAAUUUAUAUUUCAUUGUUACAAUUGGGAAGUUUCUUGUAAUAUGACUCAAAUUAUCUCCAUUUAAAGUCUUUUCAUGUCAAUUUGAACUUCUAUAAUGUUUUCACUUGUUUAAGUUCAGUUAUAUGAUUCAAUUUCAUGACUCAUGAGGUGAUGAAUACAAAUAUUUACUGUUUCCUUUCAUUUUGCAUUACUGAUUUUGUUUGUUUGUUUAGUACAUUUUAUUUACUACUUAAAUUUACUUUUAUUGAAUCAAUGGCCUAAGCAAACUCCAUCUAAAAUUACUUAGACACAUUUAUAUGCAAUCAUAAUACAUGCCACUGAAUAAAAACUAUUCUGUAUUUUAACCUGUGCUUUUGCUUGUUUCAUACAGAGUUCCUUAAUGGAAACUGUGAUGCAAAAUACUUAAGAUAGAAUUACAUGUCAGAUCAUAUUUCACUGCUUUUGCAUUUUUCCCUUCAUAUGGACAGAAUAUGAAAGCAUUAAAAUAUUAUUCUUCCUCCUAUCUCAUAUGUUUUCCAUCACCAUUUGCAUUUAGGGACUUUCCUAAUCCAGCUUUCUAGCUUUAAAUAAUAAUCCAGCUUGCUUUAAAUAAAAAUAAUUAGCAAAGAAUGCAUGCAAACAUAAUCAGAUAAAUGUAAUAUUAAAAUAAUGCUUAUUCAUAUUCCAAUAUUGCGGCAAAUUACACUAUCUACAAAUAUAUACAAUAAAACACAAAAAAAUGAAUGAAUAAUGAAAAAUUACAUGUUUGACUUGACAUUUGUGCAUAUAAUUAUACAAAUAACCGCCUGUAUGUAAAUAUAUUUCUGAUUGUCAGUGAUUUUCGUCAUUGUUGAAUUUCUGUACAUUCAUGAUUCAUUCUAUUAUCUUUUCCUGACAA